AUGAAUAAUUCCGAUUUCAAUGAAAUCGAUAUUAGAAAAUUCCGAGAUAAAGAACUUACCGGUAAAGCUUUUCUUCACCUUACUGAGGAAAAGUUAACUUGUAAAGAUGGUCUUAACGAACUUAGCCCAAGUCCUGCUGAAGGAAUCAUGGAACUAGUCGAAGAACUUAACAAAAACCUAGUGAAAGAUGAAGUCAUUGAAGUUGAGCCACUAACAAAGUUCAGAAAAAAAUAA